UUCCGGCGGGAGGAGAGGCGGCAUGGCGGGCCCGGCGGGGGCGGCGGCGGCGGCGCUGCGGAUCGGGGACCAGCUCAUCCUGGAGGAGGACUACGACGAGGCCUACAUCCCCAGCCACAGAGAGAUCCAGGAGUUCGCGCGCGUGAUCGGGAUCGACCCGGAGGCCGAGCCGGAGCUGCUGUGGCUGGCACGGGAGGGCAUCGUGGCCCCGCUGCCCGCAGAGUGGAAGCCCUGCCAGGACGUGACGGGGGACAUCUACUACUUCAACUUCGCCACCGGCCAGUCCAGCUGGGACCAUCCCUGCGAUGAACGCUACCGGCAGCUCGUGGCCCAGGAGCGGGAGCGGCGCCUGGACCCCGGGGGAGGGGGAGGGGGAGGAGGGGGAGGCGGUCUCCAAAAGAGACCCGGAAAACAGCGCAAGAAGGACAAGCGGAAGAAGAAGGGCGAGGAAAUACUGCUGCUGAAGCGGGAGGUGCAGUCGGAGUCAGGUCUCCUUCCCUCGGCCUCCUUCUACAGAACGCUCUCGCCGGCCUCCUCCUCGGGCAGGGCCAGCCCCGACCUCGAGCCGCAGGGCAGCCUGACCGCGAGGCAGGAGCCCUUCCUGAGGGGCCCGAAGGGGAGAUCCCCUGCGGUGCCUCUGGAGCCCAGCGACCCUUUGAGGCUCCUCCCGGCCGGUGCCUCGGGCAAACUGCAGCCACUCUCGCUAGCCAAGCCUAGCCGCACACACCAGAUCCUUGCGGACGUUGAGAAGAUCCUGGGAAGAGCUUCGUCGUCCGCCGGCAAGCACGAUGCCGGCCAUCCGCCCCGACAAGACGCCGCCGCAGAGGUCCGGUGUGCGGCCGCCGGCGCCUUUUCAGACUCGGAGCUCGAAGACACUGAGAGCCCCCAUGGUGCACAGCGUCACUUCCGGACCGUGAAAGAGCCUCUCCGUGGGGCUCCAGCUGACGACCAUUCACUGGGCACGGAGUCACCCCCAAGGGGAGGCCUCUUGCUGGAGGUUGUGACUCUGGGCAAAGAGCAAGGGGACAUCAGUGCCCUCGAAGGUCACAGCCCUGUUGAUGCCCUCUCGGGAGAGAGAGAUGGGAGCCUCCGGCCUGCUGUGGCCGCGGAAGUCCCGACCGCUCGCUCUGUGGCUUCCCUCCAGCCCAGCAGCGCCCAGGACGAAGACGGGGUCUCCCACCCUCUGGGGAAUGGGCUACGGCUGCUUGACGGAAGGAGGAGGAAAGGACUCCCAGAGCAACGCCAGGCCACAGAACACAGCAGGAGUGGAAGGGAGGCUGGGGAGCAGGGGGCGGCCCCGGUUGCAGGCUCCGGACUGCGAGUGGAGGCUGAGGCUGGAGCGCGGGCCAGUCCUGAGCCCUUUCCCAGCACCAAGGCGGACUCCGGUGGCGGCAGCGUGGGCAGCAGCCUGGUGGACCACUUGGCCUCCCAGGUCCUGGGUGAGGUGGACAACUUCUCCUGGGACCUGCAGAGCUCCCACGACACCGACCGCCCUGCAGAUCCCACGGCCAAGAGGCCCUUCCUGCAAGCCCUUCAUUCGCAGACCCACAGCUCCUCGGAGGACCUCUCCGAAAGCGAGUGCUACUCCGAGGACCAGAAGUUCCACCGGCACAUGCUGCACAUGGUCAAGAGGUCGCGGAGGGCAAAGCACCCCGUGGCCAAACCCUUUAGCCAGUCGCCUGGCGCCGCUCAGGAAGACUCUGGGGAAGCUGCGGUCUCUGAGACUGGGAGUCCAAGAGGGCCGCCCUCUGCUGCGGAGGACCCAGGAGAAAGGGAGCCCUCGCUCACGGAGAAGGGCAGCCGGACUGCAUUUGCACCGCAAGGAGAGAAAGGCGAAGAGCCUGACAGCUGCAGAAGAGGUGUGUGUGAAUUGGUGGCCCAGGAAAAAGCAGCAGAAGCAGCCUCUGCCUUGGACCUGUUGCUGUCCGACAACAGUGUGGAGAAGGAAGACGAUAGCAUCAGUGAGGGCCCGCGGCGAGGAGCCCGGCUCCUCAGGAAUCUCCACGUGGAUGUCAGUGCCCUGGGCUCUGGCUCCGACGAUGAGGGAGAAGUCUGGCUGCCCGGAGAGGAAGCAGGACGCACGGAAGGCGGCCUGGAAGAGGGCCGGAGCCAGGGGUCGGUUGAGGCACCUGAAAGAAAUGCUGAGUCUGAGGUCAAAUUAAUGAUACCCCGGAAAGAAGAGGGCUCCGCAGAAAACGAAGUGGAGGAAGCUUCCGCUAGCAAAGGACAGGCCUUGUCUUUGCAACACGCAAAACAAGCUGCGAUCCAGCGCUUCCCGGAACAGCUGCGGCAAGAAGAGGAGGAAGAGACUCAGGGGUUCCAUCAGCAGAAGGAGGAGGCCCUUCAAUCCCUGAAAUGUGAGCUGGAGAAUGCCAGACGGGAAGAGGAGCUGGACCUGCGGGAGAAGGCUCUUCAGGAGCUGGAGGCACUCCGUACCCAAAUCUCUUCUGAAACGGAGGCAGAGAAGGAGAGGCUCAGGGAGGAACUGGAGUCCCUUCGGCGGUUGGAGGAGCAGGCGCUGAGGGAGGAGGCGCGCCUUUCCCUGGAACGGAUGAAGCGAGAGGCGGAGGCUGCUCAGGAGGCCCAGGAGGCAGAGCUGGAGCAGGACCUCCAGAAAGCCGUGAGCGAGCGGAAGGAGAGACUGCGCCAGGAAAAGGAGGCGGCCCUACAACAACUAGAAGCCCAGUUUGCCGCAGAGACUGAGCAGCAGAGAGCAGCGGCCCAGGAAGUGCACGAGAAGGCCCUCUCUGCGCUCCAAAGGCAGAUAGCGGAGGCUCAGCAAAAGGCAGAGGCAGAAUUGCAGGAGGAGCUGGAAUGCGCAGAGCAACAAGUGCAGCGGAAAAGGCAUCAAGUGGCAGAAUAUGACCGAGAGCUCAGUGAUCUCCUGAGGGAGAAGCGGCAGGAAGUGGAGCGGGAUCACACGAAGCGGCUGGAGAAGGCGCAGGAGGCACACCGGGAGGCCCUGGCAGAGAUCCAGGUGCAGCACCAAGAGGAGGAGAGGAGGCGGCGGGAGGAACUGCAGAGCCAGCUUCAGGAGGAGCGGGAGCACCUGAGAGCCAGCCACGAAGCUGAGGUGGAAGCCUUGCGGAGGAAGCACGCCGAGCAGUUGAGGGACCUGUGCAGGAGCCAAAAGGAAGAGGAGGAAAAGACGGCCUUGGAAAGGGAGCUCCGAGUUCAGGAGGUGCAGGCAAAAGCUGCCCAGCUCCAGGCCCAGGAAGAGGCCUGGAAGAGAAGGAAACAGCAGCUCUUGGAGGAGGAGAAGCAACUGGAGCAACAGAGGAAGGAAGCGGCUUUGGUUCUUGAGGAGUCUCGGAAGGAGCAGGAGAGCCUUGCGGAGACUGUGCGGCAGCUGCUGCAAGAAGUGGCAGAGAUCCAGGAGCAGAAAGCAGCGCUGGGCUCCCAGGUGGAGCAGCUGCGGAAGGAGGCCAGUGAACUUGAGGAGGCCGCCAAGGGCAAGCAGGGACUGCUGAGUCCAGGUGAAGGGGGCAGCCCCAAACCCUCCCCAAAGGAGGAGGAAGAGGAGGAGCUCAGGCUGGAGGACCUGCAAGACAGCAGCUCAGUGGCUUCCCCCAGAGAGAUGGAAUGCAAAGCUCCAAAGGACAAUGAGGAGAGCAACGGCCUCCUGGAUCAGGUCCGGCACUACAUUUCUGCAGAAGGGUCCUCCUUGAAGACCACCAAAGAGUUCUUGGUGCGCCAGACACACUCUAUGCGGAAAAGGCAGACGGUCCUGAGGGCGGCCAAGCAACACUGGAGCCACGACCUGCAGGAUCCGGGCCGCUCUCAGGUGCUGGAGGGAGUGCGCAGGAGCCUGGAAGAGGAAGCCAGGCAGUUGGAGGAGGUGAGGUCUGCGGUGCGGAAGGGCCAGGCUCUGUUGAGGAAGAAGGAGGAGCGGCUGGCCCAGCUGGAGUCCUCCCUGAUGGAAGAGUUCUCCGAUGAAGAUACGCUCAAAGGAGGGGCGUGCAAGAAGGUGGUGACCUUCGACCUCAGUGAUUCCGAAGACACAAGCAGCCUGCUGAGCGCCAAUGGCUCUUCCCACAAAACGCUUGGCCUGAAACCGGAGCUUCGCUUGCCCCCCUUGGACAAGAUCCAGUGCCUGACCGACUCCUUGCAGCGCAUCACCAGCGAGCUGAACAGGGUGCUGGGCCUCCUGAGCACCUUCAGCGCCCAGCAGCCCUUGCCCAUCGCGCCCGGCAGGGGCCCGGCCUCCCCACUGCCCAAGGAGGGUGCUCCCUUGGCCGCUUACCCCUCCCUGCCCCGCACUUCUGCCGGGCCCCACUGGGCCUGGGGCAUCUCCUCAGCCCCUGCUGCUCCCUCCUUUGCUCCGGCCGGCCAGUCGGUGGACAACAUGUUGACGGAGAAGUGGCGCAAGUAUUUCCCAGGUGUCUUCCCCUUGCCCCGUGGGGGUCCCGGCACCCUGAGUGGCAAGCUGUCUUUGGUGACGCCCGACGACCCCCUGCGCCUGUUCCCGCAGCCCCCUUUCCGUGGCUCUGAGGCCGAGAAGCAGAACAUCCAGGGCAUGAUCGAUGCCAACAGGAAGUGGCUGGAGAGCGUCAAGCAGGACUCCCGGGCGCCCCUCCUGCCGAGCGGGCCCAAGUCCCCCCUUGGGGCCCAUCCUGGCGUGGUGCAGCUCGGCCUGGACGAGAACAACCAGAUCAAAGCCUACCAUUUCUAGCAGAGGGGGCCGCUCCUCCUCCCAAGCAGCAGCGCCCGCUUGCUCCCCACUUGGCUGGCAAUACAUGGCAUUCCUUCCUCUGAGGCGGCCUCCGUGAAUGCUUCCUCGGGCCCCAGAGCCCUCUUCCGGGUCCUGGUUUGGGGAGCAGUCGGGGCAACAGUGCAAGCAGCCCCUGCGCUCAUUUCCCAGUGCCUUCAAAGGCAGCCUUUCUGGGGUGCCCAAGACGCAUGUCCAUGCGCAUGGAUGGUGGUAGCGGGUUCAAGUGCUGGCCUUAGGGCUGAGAGCCUUGAUUGUGUCAUUCACAUUUCCUGUUUGCUGAAAACAGGCUUUGUUUGGGGCAGGAGGAGCUUUUGGACUUGGCUUUGCUCAGCUACGAUGCCCAGUGGCAAAUGCAGGGACUGGGAAGCAGAGAGCAUGGGGCCCAGAGCCUGUGGGGCCACUCUUUAGUCAAAUCCCCAGUCUUGUCCCAGUCUCCAAAGUUCUCUUUUGAGCUCAGGUCCCUUCACCUUGCACUACAAAGAGUGGUUUGGGCUGGCAGGGGGUAUUGGUUUGCCUGCCCAAGGGUGCCCUGUGGUGCUUACGGGAAGCAGAGAGCAUGGGGCCCAGAGCCUGUGGGGCCACUCUUUAGUCAAAUCUCCAGUCUUGUCCCAGUCUCCAAAGUUCUCUUUUGAGCUCAGGUCCCUUCACCUUGCACUACAUAGAGCUGGUUGGGCUGGCAGGGGGUGUCGGUUUGCCUGCCCAAGGGUGCCCUGUGGUGCUUACGGUGGCACAAGUGGCCCCAAGAUGCAGGAAGGGCCCUCCAUUCUGCUGGCAGGACAACGAGGGUCUUCCGCCAGACAGCCUGCCUUCCCUCUUCAACCUCUUUGAGGGCGACCCAGUCUCAGGGGGGCAGACCCUGGCUUCUGAGUCCCUGGAAGGGCAGUGGCGUUUGGGGCACUCUCUGCACCGGCUGUCCAUCAUCAUCAUCAACAUUGUCUCCAAACAGCGUUGCCCUCUCUAUCUGUCUGAUCUCGUGGAAAAGCAGCAGGAGGGAUGGGAAAUGACUGAGGUGGGACGGAGUGUGCCUUUGGCUGCGUUUUGCAUAUCAAAUAAAGCUACUUUUUGUA